AUGGUCAUAAUUCCUGCAAAUCCGUCUCUUAUGCUUUCUAACAAUGAUGUCUAUACUGUGGUUGACAUGGUCAUAAUUCCUGCAACAACUGGACAGAUGGGUGUUCUUCCCGGACAUGUGGCAACAAUUGCAGAGCUGAAGCCUGGGGUCAUGUCUGUGCAUGAAGGGAAUGAGGUGACCAAAUACUUUGUUAGUAGUGGCUUUGCGUUCAUCCACGCAAACUCAUAUACAGAUAUAAUUGCCAUUGAAGCCGUGCCAGUUGACCAAAUUGACCCUACCCUGGUCCAAAAGGGUCUUGCGGAUUUCACACAAAAACUUAGCUCUGCCACCACAGAUUUGGAGAAAGCCGAAGCCCAAAUUGGAGUGGAUGUGCAUAGUGCUCUCAAUUCUGCUCUCUCAGGCUAG